AUGAGGGAGAAAUACCCGGUUAUAUUUUCUUUGUCUAGUUUAAAACUUGUUUCGGUAGCCGGUAUGGGAGGAUGGAGGAACGGGAUUUGGAAGUGGGGGGAUUUAGGUGUGAAUCUUCCAUCUUUGUCUUUGGAACAUAGGAUGGAUUUCAAUGCUUUGGAGGAGUUAUUAGGAGGGAUGGUGGUGGGAGGGGAAAAUCGCGAUAAAGUUGAGUGGAAAGGUGACGCGGGUGGAGAUUAUACGGUAGCUUCUUGUUACGGCCAUUAUGCUUCUUUUCGUAUUCCUUAUGGUCCUCCAAAUAGGUGCGAUGGUUCUUUGGAGAAAAUUUGGAAGAUGGAGGUUCCUUACAAGAUAAGGACUUUCGGAUGGAGACUUUGUGUAAAUAGGCUCCCUUUGAAGGACUUAUUGAAGGUUAGAGGUAUAGAGUUUCCUUUGACGUCAUUAAAUUGUGUUUUUUGUGGAGUUGAGUUGGAAGAUAGGAAACAUUCUUUUUUCUUGUGCAAAAUAGUGAAGUAUAUUUGGAAAGAAAUUGCUUUUUGGGUGGACAAACCGUACGUUUCGGAGGAGGAGUGUCUUUCAUGUUUUUGGGAUUGGUAUUCUUUUUGUAAAGGGAAGAAUUUAAGGGAGAAAAAGAGAGGAGUCAUUUGGCUUGCUACAACUUGGACCAUUUGGCUUUGUCGGAAUGGAGUGUGCUUUCGAAACGACGAGUGGAAUGUUAACGACAUGGUUUGGAGUAUUAAAUAUUUGGUGUGGAAAUGGAAUUGUAUAGGUGAAAUUACUUACCCCAAUUCUAGCUUUUACGAUUUUAGUAAAGAUCCUUUACUAUUUAUGUCGUAA